AUGCUCGCAUGUAUCCUUUGGUUCGCUAUCCUCGCUUUAGCUUUGCCGCAAGCCCAAGUCGAGACAGUGACCCAAAGCCUCCCAACACCGACACCGCCGAAGAAGACACCCGGCCUUAGGCCCGGUUACAUCGUUCGACCCUUUCCCAAGUCCAUGCCACCGGCGUGGGGAAGCUGGCUUCAGCACCUAUCUAGCAUUCUAAUUCCUGGUCUGACGCCGACACCCAUGCCCAUGCCCACAACCAGUGUAGUUGGGGAACCGCCAGCGUCUAUGCUGAUCAUUACAGUAACGCCAGGUGGUGGGGUAACUACUGUCACUUCACUCAUAACGAGUGUAGUGAUAGCUUCACCGCCGCCCUCGACUGUCACUAAAUGGGUACCACCAAGCAACGUUGCGAAGCGUGAGGAGCAGCUUCCAGAGGAAGAAGGCGAGGACGCACCCUUCACCCCUACCAUCACCCAUCUACCUGAGGCAGCCCCGGAGUCUGAACAAGAAAAGGAAGACGACUAUGACAUGGUGGGAGUCCGCUAG